CAUCCCACCCAAGCAGAGAGACCCACCCACGCCUCACCGUUCCACGUCCUCGCCCAGCCAUUAUUGCCGCUCCAGUCACCUGAGCGGAUUCGCCGCUGUCGAAACCCAGUUAUUUCUUCUCAGGAUCCCUUGUCCUCAUAUCGAGUUGCACGAAUUCUCCUGACAAGAAGAUAUUUUUUUCCGGCUUUUCAGGGCAGAACAGCUUACCCGGAAGAAGUAUCUCGCGUGCAUGAUUCCGCCAGAUCCGCUCACAUAGCACCGAGGUGCCUUAGUAACGCGAGGUGCCAGAUCCGAGGUCUACGCGAAGUAUACUUCCAUCUUGGGGCAUAUUUCGAGGCGCCUUAGUCACGCACGGCUGAAUCUCGUCCGCUGAGUCUGGUCUCACGGCUGAAUUUCGCCAGUAGUUAAAGCCUGUCAAAGCCCGCGGCCCGAAUGGCAGCAGUGGCGGUUCACGACAGUCAGCAGCCGCGAAUGACGGUAGGGGUAACGGCAUCCGCGACAGCAGCGGUAACCAGCAUCGAUUUCCAUCAGGUGCAACAGCAAUACCAGCACCACCAACACCAGCACCAGCAGCAGCAGCAGAAGCGUCCGUUAGAGAAGCUCGCUUGUCGUUUCGAGGCGCUCAUCUCGUCGGAGUCAGCGGAAGCUCGAUCCCGACCCCGCGGAGAGGCGGUAAGCGGAACGGACGACGACGCGGAGGAUUCUUUCCCGGCGGAACGCGCGCAGGAAGCCCGCGCGGAGUGGACCAGCGCCAGCGAGAGAGCAUCCCCCGCGCCCGUGUCCGCAGGUCCGCGCGCGUGGAGGGUCGGCGGAAGCUGCGGGAACCUAGCGAGCGAGUUUAGGAGCGGCGAAAGCGACGACAGCGGCGGCGGUGCUAGUAGCGCUUCUGGUAGCGGCAGCGGCGGGGAGGAUUCGGCGCCUUGUGACGGGGAGAGUUCCGCAUCUUGCGGGGAGGUUUCUAGAAGUCUCCGCGUGCGGGAGUUUGCGGAUGCGUGCGACGGCAUCGGGCAGCUGUUCUCGGUUCUCGGGCCCGCGUUUGCGUUCGCUGGAAAGGAGUUUUUCGACAAGGUGGCGGAUUUGCACGUGGCGGGGCGCGAGUUCGGCACGCUGGCGGAGAUGAUGGCGGAGGACCAGCGGAGGGGGGUCGCGCGGGUGAAGGGGAGCCACACGCGCAACCUGCUGCGCGUGGUGCGCGGACUGGACCUCAACCGGCGCAUCUUUGCGCUGCUGCUGCAGGACAGCUCCCAGCCGCUGCGAGUGUACGCGGGGCAGGCGUACAGCGAGGUGUUCAGCGCCGUGCACCCGUGGCCUGUGCGCAGCCUCGUCGCCGCGGGGCUCUUCACGCUGCCGUCCACGCCCGCCUUCCUGCUGCUGCUGGGGGAGUCGGACACUGCGUGGCAGCAGCGAGCGCAGCGGUUUGUGGCAGCGCUGUCGCCGGUCAUCCAAGCCGUGGACCACCUCUUCCUCUCGCAAGGACUCGGCCUCGACUGGUGACUCUCCGGUGACUCCUCCCCCUGGUGCCUCGACUGGUGACUCGCCUCGCAGCUGCGUCCACCUCUAGUGACUCGCAGCUGCCGGUCGCCUGCUGGUUGGUAACCGCUGCCUGCCUGCCUGCCUGGCACCUACCCUGGAGCGAAUGUGCCUUCUUCUGCUCCUCCAUUCUUCCUUCCAGCCAACUCGUCCCUAGGGCGACCUGGCUGGGCUCAGCUUGUGCAUCUCUCAUGGACAUCAAUUGGUACCGUACCAGUAGCUGGACAGGGGGCAGGCCACAGGUGACAGGUCACUUGUGGGCGCAUGAGGAUGCAUGAAUAAGCCUUGCUUCGGGCCCAGGGCAGGGCAGGGCAGGCCAACCACAAGAGGCAACAGCAGCAGGAUCGCAGGGGUUGGUGGGGUGGGGAGAUAGAAGCAAGGAGCGCAAGACGCAGGAAGGGGUUCACUAUAUACCAGUAUGCAGACCAUGGUGGGUGGGCGGCUAAUGCCUUUGGAUAUGGUCGGCUGGGGGCAUGGCCUUGCAGUGAUGAUGAAGAGACCGCAGUGCAGUUUACCUUGGCUGGAGGCCAAGGCCCCCCCCCCUUGUACCUUUCCGUACCGUAUGGUCGCCUCCCCUCCCCUCCCCUCCCCUCCUCGUAUGCCCAGAGGACUCUGUAAAGCCGGACUAGUGGCUUGUCCAGUCGAGUGGUGCUUUUCCUAUCUAUCCUUCUCGCUUUGUUGGUUUGUUUGUGCAUACUGUAGUGUGAACUGCGGAUAUUGGAUGGACCUUGCUUCUACUU